UUUCCGCACUGUCGCGUUAUUGAAAUUAGAUCGCUUGUCGCGAAAAAUUUCAUUUUGUCUGUAAGUUUCCCGCUCGGCGUGUUUUCUAUUUGUCUUUUUUGUCAAAUAAAUAUGUCUCAAACGCACAAUCUCCAAAGAGCAAUUAUCGAGGCCGUAGGAAGAGCAGUACACGAGGCACUGCGAGAUCAACAUGAAGAGUCCUCUGAUGCAGCUACUGCCCACGAAAAUAAUAAUGAACCACAGCCCCAGCGACAGCCACAGCGUCAGACAACGCUCACACAGUUGUCACAAAGUAGAACAAGUAGCUCUAGCGCUACCAGACCUCUUCCAUCGAUUUUUGAAAGCAGUUGUAUUCAAUAUUCAAAUGUUGGUGGUAGAAAACGGAAAAGGUCAUCAACAUCCCAAUCAAAGUCUGCAAAGCUUUACACAAAAGAUGUUGUUUGCCUUUUACCAUCAGAAAAUGGCAAAGAUAUUCCAAUUCCUCGUGGAAAUAGCCGAGGUUGCUUAGCUAAUAUGGGUUUAAUUGGAAAAAUCUCAUUAAACUCCGCAUGGGUAGCAAAGGAUGUUACCCGUGAAAUAACAAGCAUAUUUGCCUCAGUUUUUGACUUGCUACCUGGUGAACUGCUGCCAUUUGACUACUUAGGGCAAAAUAACCAAAGGUACAAAAAAGCUUUCCAUUUCUAAGACAUCAACUUCCUUCCAAUGGAAUGCUCCAGAGGUCAUAUCACUGUGUUCUCAAGGAUGUUUAUACAUCAUUUCCAAAUGGGAAAAAUGAGGAUGUUGAUGGAGCUUUAAUUGUUGAAGUGAGUCAUAUAGGGUGAUACUUUCGCUAUGUCUGUUGUAGCAGUAAUUGUUCUUCAUCGUAGUGUUGGUUUCUUUUCUAUUUCAAUGUAUAUUGCCAUUGCCUUGAAUGAAAAUUUCAGGAUGACUCCGAACAGGAUGAUUUUGAUAACAAACUUUUAAAUAUAUCAAU